UCCAAGUACCUAGAAAACUGUUUGGAGUAGUGAACAAUCACUUUCUGCUGUUUGCCAAGAACCAACGCUCUUUAUACUUCUCUCUGCACCACUCAUUACUCAUGGCUCACUCUCUGGACUCCACCCCACAGAAGCAAAUAAAACCUGAGUCCAGAGCCCCACCACAGAAUGUUCUGGACUCUUGGAUGUGUCACAUCCUUCUCAAAGAUCAUGAAAUACUCGCUCCUGACUCUUAUGGUAUUUUUUAUCCUGUUCCAGCUGUUUCCAGUCUGCAGGUGCCGCAAAGCUUGCUGGGUCAUCAGAGGACACUGCAGGAAAUACUGCAAGUCUGGGGAGCAGUUGAAAAAGCCGUGUAGCAAUGGGGACUACUGCUGUACCGCAAGCAAGAUGGACGCUCUGCCGCCGGCACCCAUAAAACCGUUCAGCCUGAAUUCCAAAGAACAUUCCCAAGCCAGGCCAGUAAUAGUCUCUACGGACAAUAAUGAGUUAGGGUUAAGCUGAAAAUACUUUGGUCCUCAGCAGAGCAGGGCUUGCCAGCUCAAGUCUCUCCCAUGGGCCCAUUAAACCUGUGACCUCCUCUCUGCUGUCUUUCAUCUCUGCGCUCACAGGGCUGGGGGUAGACCUCGAGGUGCCAAAGCCCGGAACAUUCCAACAGUUAGAUGGAAACAGAAAACUUUCAGCGCUCCACGGAAGUUUCCUCACGCGUAAAUGUC